CUCUGUUGACCUUAGCAUUCAUUGAUUCACAAAGAACAUAAGUGUUGGAAGACACAUAGGAUAGUAACAUAGUAGGGUUGUUAGCGUUGAGUUUUAUAGCGGUGAUUGCUUAAUACUAUCAAUGUCAGGACCUCAAUGCUGCUCAAACCCACCACUUCUGAACCCUAAUGCAGGAGCUGGUCACGUUGAAAAACUCGCUGGUCUCGAUUCAUAUGUAGCUGGUUCAUCCAAUUCCAAUCUUACCGUUAUUCUUAUCUCCGACGUUUUUGGGUAUGAAGCACCGAAUUUAAGGAAAAUUGCAGACAAGGUUGCAGCUGCUGGGUAUUAUGUGGUUGUUCCUGAUUUCUUCUUUGGUGAUCCCUAUAAUCCUGAGAAUGCUGACCGGCCUCUUCCUGUCUGGUUAAAAGAUCAUGGCACGGACAAAGGAUUUGAAGCUGCAAAAUCCACAGUUGAAGCUUUGAAAAGUAAAGGUGUUUCGGCUAUUGGAGCUGCUGGAUUUUGUUGGGGAGCUAAAGUCGUGGUGGAACUUGCAAAAUCCAGACUAAUCCAAGCUGAUGUGCUUUUGCAUCCAUCGUUUGUCUCUGUGGAUGACAUCAAGGGUUUUGAUAUUCCAACGGCUAUACUAGGAGCUGAGAUUGACAAAAUGUCUCCUCCAGAGCUUGUGAAACAGUUUGAACAAGUCCUAACUGCUAAACCCGGGGUUGAUUCGUUUGUUAAAAUAUUUCCUAAAGUCUCUCAUGGUUGGACUGUGAGGUACAAAAACGAAGAUCCAAUAGCUGUGAAGGCUGCAGAGGAGGCCCAUCAGGACUUGCUGAACUGGUUUGCUAAACAUCUUAAGUGAGAAAUAUUGGUAUGCUAAGAACAUGUGUUUUGAUAACAAAAUAAAACACUGCGGAUUAUCAUCUUUGUUCUGCAGUGUGUAAAGUUACAAGAAAAUAAGUAAUGAAUCUUUGCUUGUUGGAAUAUGUUUCA